AUGGGUCUUGAUCCCAAAACCCAUGAGGCAUUACCUUCAUAUGGGUUAGCCAAGCAAGCUCCAGCUUCACCAACAACUCGCCACAUGGUUCAGUGGGAAAGUGCUAGAGUUCAAGCUGAGGCAAGGCUUUCUAGAGAGUCAAUGUUUUUUAAUCCUUCUGGUGGAGUAGUGAAAUAUGAAUGUGAUCACUUCUUACGCAUUUGGCACUCUAAGAUUGGUGAAUCUUUCAGAAACAUUGCUUCAUGUGAUGAAUCAACUACUACUAGUCAAAGCCCUUGCUCGAGGAAAACAUCCUCCUCAUCUGCACUUGUAAAGAGCUCAACAAGUUCUUGUGUUGGGAAAGAGAAUGUUAUGGGGGUUCAUCAUGGCUCUGAUUCUUCUCCAUGGUCGAACAAUCUUGAAAAUGUUUCAUCAGACUCUUAUCUUCAACUUCUGCUUGAUUUCCCAAUAAGUGAUGAUGAUAUGAGUUUCUUGGAAGAGAACAUUGGUAGCUACACAUAG